AUGUCCCCAUUCAAUCCCGUUGGUUUCCGUGUGACUGUCCCCGCUGGGGUCUGGACCGGAAUGUCUCCGACAUACAACGCUCUGAAAGCCUUCUACGAUUUCAUUAUCAUCGGAGCCGGCAACGCUGGCGCUGUCCUUGGGGCGCGUCUUUCGGAGAAUCCUCAUUUCAGCGUCCUCGUGCUUGAAGCUGGCACCGAGUAG